ACUCCCGCACCCGCAGCGCGACCGGCCGGCCACCCACACGGACUCCCCCCGAGUCCCGAACGCGCCCGUCGCAGAAGCAACCACCGCGCCACGACGCCGAGGCCCCCGCGCCCGCCGGUUAUAAAUAGCGAGCCGUAUGAUUGGGGCCAGGGGCAGAGAGGGAGAGAGGCCUCACCCCGUUCGGCGACCGAGGGCGGGCGGACAGCGCGGCACCGAGCCGCUGCGACGGACGGAAACCCGCGAGGACUCUUCGGAAAAGAGGAAGGAGGCCGACGCGGCGGCGGCCCAAUCCGGCGGGCGCUCGUUCGUCUCCUCCUCCUAUUCCUCCUCUUCCUGAGGGGAGGGACGAUAGCAGGAGACGCGGGGGAGGGGAGCGGGACGGCGACGACGAGCCGACGACCGACGGCACGCCGCCGCCGUACCCACUCGGGCUGAGGUCGCCGGUGCGGCGAGAUGGCGCGGUUCAUCCUCAGCCUCAUGGAGCUCGGGGUCAGCGCCGCGGUGCACCUCGUCUUCGGCUUCUACGUCUUCAGCACGGCCGUGGCCGCCGACAUCUCGCAGGCGGCCGCGGCCUCCGGGUCCUUCCUGCUGCGCCGGCAGCCGCCCGCAGCCGCGGGCGAGGGGGCGCUCGUCGACGUCGCCGCCGCGGGGGAGCGCGACGAGCGCAGGGGCGCCGGGCCCGUCGUGCUCGACGGCUCGCCGCCGCCCAUCGUCCUCGUCCACGGCAUCUUCGGCUUCGGCAAGGGGGUACGAGACCGAACGGAAACGCUUCCUAUCUCUCGGAGGCUCGGGGGGCUCUCCUACUUCGCCGGCGCCGAGAAGAAGGACGACCGCGUGCUCGUGCCGGAUUUGGGGUCGCUCACCAGCAUCCAUGACAGGGCGCGCGAGCUGUUCUACUACCUCAAGGGCGGGCAGGUGGACUACGGCGAGGAUCACAGCAAGGCUUGCGGCCACAAACGGUUCGGGAGAAUCUAUCCCACAGGGCACUAUCCUGUGUGGGACGAGCAGAACCCAGUGCACUUUGUCGGGCAUUCGGCCGGCGCACAGGUUGUGAGGGUGCUGCAUCAGAUGCUAGCUGACAAGGCUUUCCCAGGCCAUGAUACUUCUGAAGACUGGAUUCUGAGCCUUACUUCUUUGUCGGGCGCACUCAAUGGGACAACGAGAACUUACUAUGACGGCAUGCUGGUCGAAGAUGGUAAGUCCAUGAGAUCUAUCUGUCUUCUUCAGCUCUGCCGGCUUGGAGUUAUUGUCUACGAUUGGCUAGACAUUCCUUGGUUGAAGAAUUUCUACAAUUUUGGUUUUGACCACUAUGAGAUGUCUCGGAGGAAAGUAGGCUUCUGGGGUUUAACUGAUCUGCUGCUGGGACACAGCGGCCCAUUUGCCAGCGGAGAUUGGAUUUUACCUGACCUCACAAUACAGGGAUCUAUAAAACUUAACUCUAGACUGAGGACCUUUCCCAAUACAUUCUACUUCAGUUAUGCUACAAAGAAAACAAGAAAGCUAUUUGGAAUUACAGUGCCUUCAAGUGUUCUUGGAGUCCACCCCAUGCUCUUUCUCAGAGUCCUUCAGAUGUGUAUGUGGCGACACCCUCAAAAUGCACCUCUGCCUUACAAAGGAUACAGGGAUGAAGAUUGGGAAGACAAUGAUGGGGCUUUGAACACAAUCUCUAUGACUCACCCACGCAUUCCUACAGAGCAUCCACACCGUUUUGUAGUGGACGAUUCUGACUGCCAUCCUUUGCAACCUGGGAUAUGGUAUUACAAGAUUAUUGAAGCUGACCACAUUCUAUUUAUUGUGAACCGGGAAAGAGCUGGAGUGCAGUUUGAUUUGCUGUAUGAUGGCAUUUUCCAGCGAUGCAGAAAGCAUGCAUUUAGGAAGAGCCCACCUACCCUACCAAACGAAACGAGUCAAUAGCAGAUAAUCCCAAAGCAAAGUAUUUCUAGGUUGUAGAGAGGAACAAAUGAGGAACCACAGCGUUUUUCAUAAACUGUAAAUUGCAUUGCUGAUGAUGAUUUGACGAGUAUUUCAUACUUGAUCUCUCCUGUUCUUGGAAGAGGGGUUCAUGGAGGCUGGGGACUUGCAUCCUUGUCGGAUACUCCGACCCCCUCUAGGGAACGCUUCGGCUCGGCCAACCAUAUAGCAAGGAAGAUUUUGGAUUUGCCUUCCAGUGUUGAUUCUCCAUCGAACGAACAGGAGACAAUGGAUCAGACGGCUGCAGUUACUCAUUACUAACUGUGGUUGUGAAUUGUGAUAGGUUCACAUAUAUGUUUAAAAAGUGAUUUGUAAAUAUUGAGGGUUGCAUCGACGGAGAAACCUUGUACUAGCAGAAGGAUUUGGUGAAAAGAAAUGGUUCAUGAAUUAUCAUUGCA